ACAAUGUGCACGGACGUAGCACAUUUCGUAACACAUUUAACGUAUUGAGUUGAGUUGAGCAAAAUCUAUAAUCUGAUCACUUGACUGUCUACUUAGACGAAGCGAAGAUAUUAUCGAACGUAGGUAUCAUCUACUAGCUUACAACUACGUAAACGUUUUUGUAGCUGUCCCUACGAAGAUUAAUAGUACUAGUAGUAGAGGCUCUGUGAGCAGUAGACCUCGCGUCAAAAUAUAAAAGUAAAAAAUGGUUAAAUCGUUGAGUAGAUUAUCACAGCCCACUUUAGUUUGUUGCACCAUAUACUUUGUGCCAAUUACCGCAAUUAUUUUGAAAAAAAAAAAUACAGUAAAAACUAUACGACAAAAAUUAUAUGUCACUAUCGAACCUGCUCAAAAAGCUCAGUAGAGGAGGACAGACGGCCAUAAACAUUUUUGCCGAAGCUGAAACGGAGACCUUCCUUUUCGCUCGGUCACUUACCAAAUUAGAUAGGUACAUGAAAAAAGUAAGUUAAAAAAGUAGAGACAGAUAGGUAAGUACUAGUGUGGGUUACAAGUUAGUACCUAAUCUAUAAAAUAUAUGACCAACCGCGGUUCCUCUAUAAUCUUUUAGUUCCUUGGGGAAUAGCGUGUCUAGAAGGCAUCUAAGUUCGAUACUUGGUGGUCCCGCGUGGUUUUCUUUUCCAUAGUCUAUAAGUAUGUAAGUAAUUGAUAACAACGCGACAGAGACUCACAAAAAUGUUGCCGAUAACUCAUUAGGACAGCAGCUGUGACAGUAUGUAAAUACCUAUAGAUACAGCUUAAACAUUAGUAAAUAGGUACAUUGUAGCUAAUCUAUCACGCGUGGGUUACGGUCAGAGACUGAUAAGUUUCAGUAUCGUUUGAACCUUUGAAGCACGUAGACGCGCUAUCUACAUGCGAACACUGAACCCAAAUACGCGCCAAACAUAAUAAAUAAACUUUUAAAAUGAGUGGUCAUUAGUGAUAGUGUGAUUUGUUUAACAAAUCAGUGUUGUGGCAUUUGUUGUCCGACUGUCCGGAGGAGGCGUGAGCGAUGCGCGGGCGCACGCCGCGUUGGCGUUGCGUGUUCGCGGUCGUGUGCGCGCUGCUCGCUGCCGCCGGCAUCGCCAUCUCGCUCACCUGGGGCCGGGUUUUCGACUCUGUGGUGGCGCGACAAGUGGCCCUGGUGCCUGGGUCCCGAUCAUUCCGCGAGUGGGAGGCACCGUCUGUGCCACUCUUCAUGGAUGUGUACCUCUUCAACUGGACCAAUUCGGAAAAUUUCCCACAGGAAAAGCCUCACUUGGUGCAGUUAGGUCCAUACCGCUUCAAAGAGCACCGGCAGCACGUGAAUGUGACGUGGCAUGUGAACAACGGCUCGAUGGCCUAUCGCACCCUACGGAGCUGGCACUUCCAACCCUCCAGCAACGGCAGCCUCGACGACAACGUAACCAUGCUCAACAUCAUAGCUGCAUCAGCGAUCUACCGCGCUCGAGACUGGGGCUUCUUAGAGCAGAAGAUGCUGUCCAUGUCGCUGGCCAUGUUCGGGCAGCACAUGGUGGUGUCGAAGCCGGCUCGGGAGCUGCUGUUCGAGGGCUACGAGGACGCGCUCCUGGACGUGGCCAAGACCUUGCCGGCCAGCGCGACUGGCGGCGCUCCGCCUGUUGAUAGAUUUGGACUGUUCUACGAAAGGAAUAACUCUAUCACGACCGAUGGCUACAUGGAAGUGUCCACAGGGGUGGAUAGCGGCACUCUACCAGGUCAGGUGCUGCGGUGGAACUACGAGGACUAUCUGCCAUACUACACUGGGGAGUGCGCCAAGAAUCGAUACGAUAGUAGAUUCUUACGGGAGAUGUUUCUAUACGCGACUCUAAGGCGUUCAAGCAUCAAGGGAUGGAAUGGAAAAACUCGCACAUAUCUGCUGAAGGGGAGCGCGGGGGAGUUCCUGCCCCGAGACCUGACGGAGCGCUCGGCGGUGACGGUGUUCGUGCCGGACCUGUGCCGCUCCAUACAGCUCACGCACAAGCUUAGCGGAGAGCUUGGAGGCUUGCCCUACCACCGCUACUCUGUCGCGCCGGAGAGCUUCGAUAACUCAACAUCCUCCCACCACAACACGUGCUUCUGCAACGGCGAUUGCUCGUGGGGCGGAGUCAUGAACGUGUCGGCGUGCCGCUACGGCUCGCCCUCGUUCAUCUCGCUGCCGCACUUCCUGCACGCCGACCCAGCGCUCGCGGCCGCCGUCUCUGGCCUGCAGCCCGACGAGGACAAACACUCCUUCUACUUCUCUGUGGAGCCGAAUCUUGGUGUGCCACUAGAAGUUGCCGCUAGAUUCCAGCUAAAUGUUCUAAUUGAGCCGAAUCCUAAUAUUGCGCUAUAUGAGAAAGUGCCAAAAAUGCUCUUCCCGAUUUUCUGGGUUGAGCAGAGCGUACAAACAGAAGCGAGCAUCAUCGAGGAGUUGGUGUACGCGCGCACCAUCCUGGAGUGGGGCGCGACCGUGUGCGCGUGCACAGCGCUGCUACUGCUGGUGCUGGUGGCGCUGGCCACGUGCUGCGUGCCGCGCCACAAGUACGCGCGCCCGGCGGACGGCGCCAUCAUCAGCGAGAAACCCAAGGACGAAGCUGAAAUAAAGCUGAAUAAUCUGUGAUAAAAUUGCCUAGGUAUUUAGAUACUGAAUGUGACUCUCAGUAUUGUCACUCGCAUAUGGCGCUAAGUUCCGGUUCUCGGUCUAGUCUCGAAGACUGAUUGAAAGACAUUUUGUGCGUUCCGGGAAAUGAUAGCUGCAAGGCGGGAGGUGAUUAUAUUUUUAUAUGAAGUUACAAGCGUAGAGUGUUCAACUGACAAAAUGUUACCAUUUAAUAAGUUAACAUACUUCACAGAUUAAUAUAUUUAUUACGUAUAUGUA